AUGGUGGUUGAUACAACUUAUUAUGAUUUAUUAGGACUUGCACCUGAUGCCACAUCAUUGGAGAUCAAGAAAGCUUAUAGGAAAGCAGCCAUCAGAUUACACCCUGAUAAAAACCCUGAUGACCCUGAAAGUGCAGCCAAAUUCCAAGAAGUUGGUGAAGCUUAUCAAGUUUUAAGUGAUGAAAGUUUAAGGGCUAAAUAUGAUAAAUUUGGUAAGACUGAAUCAAUGCCAACUGAGGGUUUUGAAGAUCCAAGUGAAUUCUUUUCUAUGAUAUUUGGUGGUGAAGCUUUUAAAGAUUGGAUUGGGGAAUUAUCAUUGCUUCAAGAAUUAUCUAAAUCAGCCGAAUUAUCAGGAUACGGAGACGAAGAAAAAAAGGACGACAAGGAUGAUAAGAAAGAUGAUAAGAAAGAUACAGGAGAACAAUCGGAAACUUCAUUUACUGCUACUACUCCACAAACUAAUGACUCCAAUGAACAUGCACCAUCCAAUGGCAAAUUAUACUUAGAACUGUCCGCAGAUGCUUCCAAAACAGAUUUAGAGAAACAAAAGCAAGAAGAGGCUAAACGUAAAGAAGAAUUGGAGAAGUUCGAAGAAGAAUGUAGAAUCAAGAAAGUUGAAAUGAGAAAGGAAUUACUUCAGAAAUUGGUUGAUAGGUUAUCAUUAUUCACAGAAACUGAUAUGGCUGAUGAUGUUGCUCAAUCCUUCAAAGCUAAAAUGAAAUAUGAAGCAGAAUCAUUGAAAAUGGAAAGUUUCGGUUUGGAAAUCUUACAUACUAUUGGUUCUAUUUAUAAGUUAAAGCUGAAAAUUUUAUUAAAAUCACAAACUUUCUUAGGUUUAGGUGGAUUGUGGUGGUCAGUCAAAGAUAAAGGUGGAGUUGUAAGAGACACAUUCAAUACCAUCACUAGUGCAUUGGAUGCUCAAUCAACCAUGCAAGAAUAUACAAAAAUGCAAGAAGAUAAUGAAUUCCAUGCGAAGAAAGAUGCUGAAGAAGAAGCUAAAAUUAAGGAAGAAACUAAGAAACAAGAAGAAGAAGUUAAUAAAAUAGAGCAAAAAUUAGAAGAAUUGAAAGUUGAUAAUGAAAAAGCUGAACAGGCUGAAAAGGCUGAAGGGUCCAAAGAAGAAAAGAUUCCGGAAAAGCAUAGUGACGAAGAAAUAGCAGAAAUGGAAAAAUAUUUAAUGGGUAAAGUUUUAGCUGCUGCAUGGUCAGGAUCUAAAUUUGAAAUCCAGCAAACCGUCAGAGCUGUAUGUGAUAGUUUAUUACAAGAUAAAGAUGUACCUUUAGAUAAGAGAAUAGCUAGAGCUAAAGGAUUAAAAUUGAUAGGUGAAGUGUUUACCUCUACUACUCGUACAGAGGAUGAGGCCGAAGAAGCUAGAGUUUUUGAAGAAUUGGUAGCUGAAGCAUCUAAGAAGAGACAAAAGAAGUCUAAGUCACAACCUCAAUCAGAACAACCCACUGAAACUUAA